GGAGGCUCAGGACCCAGACGCCUCGCAGUUGGUAGCCGUGAAGUGUUUGCACCAUGAGCCCGACGACGGCCACCCUGGCCCUGGUGGCCAUCCUGGCCCUCCUCGCCCCCGGCCGGGCGCGCAACUUUGCCGCCCCCGCCGACGACAACGUCCCCGAGAUGGUCACCGAGACCGACCCCAAGUACAAGAUCCCCAAGAGCUUCCUCCUCGGUGCGGGCACGGGCGCGUACCAGUCGGAGGGCGCCUGGAACAAGGAUGGUAAGGGUGUGAGCGUGUUCGACUACCUGUUCCACAAGGAGAAUUACCCCACCAACAUGACGGGCGACAUCGCCUGCAACUCGUACGAGCGCUACGAGGAGGACAUCAAACUCGCCGCCCAGAUGAACCUCGACGUCUUCCGCUUUUCCAUUGCUUGGACAAGGAUUUUCCCCAACGGCGACAUUGCUGAAAAAAAUGACAAAGGUGUUCAACACUAUCACAACGUGAUCAAGACAAUUAAAGCAAACGGCAUGAUACCAAUGGUCACCAUCUACCACUUCGACCACCCACAAGCUCUGGAGACGAAGUUCGGGGGCUGGCUAAGCGAGCAAAUGAUACAAGCCUACGUGGACUUCGCGGACUUUAUUUUCUCUGAAUACGGCAGCGAGAUCAAGCACUGGGUGACGCUGAACGAGCCCAACACGCACUGCCUUUUGGUGUACAACGGCCUGUUCCCGCCGGGCAGCGCGAGCUCGAACUACGCCGCGGCCGACAUGUACACGUGCAUCCACCACGAGAUCCUGGCGCACGCGACGGCCUACCGCCUGUACGAGCGGAAGUACAAGGAGCAGCAGGGCGGCGUCGUGGGCUUCGGGGCUUGCACCUUCUUCAGCCGGCCCAACAGCACCGAGUGGGACGACAUCCUCGCCUCGGACCGCUCCAACAUGUUCGACGUCGGCCUGCUGCUGCACCCGCUCGUCUUCGGCGACUACCCGGCCGUGGUCAAGGAGACCCUCAAGCUCGCUCACGGGGACGAGCCCUACCUGUCCGAGUUCACCGACGAGCAGAAGGAGAUGCUGCGAGGUGCCAUCGACUUCGCGGCGAUCAACGCCUACCACGGCUCGAAGGUCGCGGACCGCAGGAAGGGUGGACCCAACCAAGGCGCCGGAGGCCCGCCGGGGAUCGUACGCCUAUGGAACGACGCCAACGUCACCAGCGUGUUGGAUGCCGGCGUCAGCAACGUCUUUGAAGAGAUCACCGGAUGGAUUCUGCGCGACGUGUCCCUGUGGAUCAGAGACAACUUCGGCCCUAAGCUGGGCAUCUUCUUCACGGAGAACGGCAUGGGCCUCUACAGCAGCUCGACGGACGACUGGGAGACGCGAGCCGUGUACCACAGC